UGACACUCAGCAUGCACAAUGCAUUACACAUUAAGUCCGAUAGUAGCAGGUGGAGAACCAGGAACGAUCCCCGCCUGGCGCAGCGUUAAUGAGAUAAUCUUUUCUGCUGCUGCAGCAAAACUGAAGUAAUUUCGGUACUUGGUUAGAGUAUGCCGAUCUCAGAGGCAGCUCUUUACUUUACUUUACAGCUGUACUUCUCAGUUUAUAGGUGCCGCCUGUCUGUCAUAACCCUGAUGACACUCUUCAGUGACCACCCCAAGUAGCCCUCCAACUCUCUGUAGUGAUUUUUGUUUUGGAAGCCCGAGAGAUAAAGCAAAGAGCGCAGAAAGGUGCGCACCACAACAGAACAGCAAAGCAGCUAGGCGCUGGCAGCUGUCGCCACAUUGUCUGCACUUUGCGCAGCCCAUUGUUCGACCAGAGCACGGAGGAGUCGCAGUUCCUCCCACAUAUACCUUUACCCAGGCAGGUGCAAGAGCUAUAGAAAAGCAAUGCAACCAGGCGUUGUUGAAAACUGACCUGCAUUUCAGCUGGGCGGGACAGGAAGCUUUGGAGUAAAGGCAGGCAGCUUGCUAUAGCAACUGGCACCAUUAACCAUUUGUGCAGCAGCAGCUCACUUUUACGCUGCGUACCAGAAGCCAGGGCGCUGCAGUGGAGGUGGAUGUUGUGCGUGUGUAUACCUUUGUAUAUAAAUCUGCAAGCCGUUGGGACGAGGACCACCACCUGUUCCGCUAUUGCCAAGACACUUUGGCAAGAACUUUAAAGCAAUGAAUUCUACAGUUUAUGCCAAUGAAACAGGUGCCGAGCUCUUGUUUAACAGGAGUGGCUCUCUGGAAGCGGUGCUGCGUUGCUGCACCCCGUCCUCCGUGGUAACAGAUGAUGGUUUUGUGGAAACAGCCCCUGAUGAGAGAAGCCUCUUCAUUAUGAGGGUCGUGCAGAUAGCCGUCAUGUGCGUCCUCUCACUCACUGUAGUUUUUGGCAUUUUCUUUCUGGGGUGCAACUUGCUUAUUAAAUCUGAAGGUAUGAUUAACUUCUUGGUGAAAGACAGGAGACCUUCCAAAGAGGUAGAGGCCGUGAUCCUUGGACCUUACUAGCAAGAACAAGGCUGUCGGUAGAACAUAUUUCAGUGAGGAUGACCAGUUAGUCUUCCAGCCCGCACAGUUAUUCAGAGCUGGAGUGGCAGAAAGGGGGAUUUUGUUUUCCAGAAACUCACUGAACCAUUCUGGAGGAUAUAUACAUUGUAAGAAAUUAUAAGAUAUAAUGUACAGAAUAAUUAUUUGUACUUGAAAGUUGUGAGGCUGUGAUCGCGACUCGAACCUUAAGUCAAAGGUCUACAAAAAGAAAGUAUGGCUUUGCUGCCAAGGAGCUGAAAAGUGUCAUAUAAAACAUUUACUAGGGAUCUCUAAACUUUAAAGUUUGACUUUGUACCUCUGUAAAGAUGGUACUGCACCCCGUUGCGCAGUGUCUGCAAAGCAAUCUGAAGUCAGAAAGGAAAGUUGUGAAUAUAGCAACAAAAUCGACUCUUGAGUUCUGAAUUACUUUUCUUCUUGAAACAUGUAAAUACAAUAUUUUGAAAUCUCUUUUUGUUUCAUUUUUUGCUACAAACGUUCCGAGUUCUCCACUUUGCCGAAAGAGAACGCUGAUUACUAAACUUGUAUUUUUAUUGUUGGUUAAGUAUUUGUAUAAUACUUUUCACAGUUUGUAUCAGAUAUUCUGCUGAGCCUACGAAAUGUCUUUAUUAUGAUGAUUAUUAUUAUUAUGGAAAUGUUUAUGCUUCAUAAAAAUACUGUUUCAUGUUUUUCUAUUUAAUAAAUUGAUGCUACAAUGCA